AUGGCAUUUCCAACCACACUAAUGUUUCACUUGUUGCUUCUUGUCCCAGUUUUCAUACAUUCUUCUCCAGUUCAAGAUCCUGAAUCAGUGGUCCAACAAGUCCAAAAGAGCAUUAUUGAGAAUGAGAAGAGAAGAAAAUUGGGUUAUUAUUCUUGUGGCACAAGCAACCCAAUUGAUGAUUGUUGGAGAUGUGACCCGAAUUGGGAAAACAACCGCAAGCGUCUAUCAGAAUGCGCUAUCGGAUUUGGUCGACAUGCAAUCGGAGGCAAAGAUGGUAAAUACUACAUGGUCAUUGACUCAUCUGAUGACCCUAUAAAUCCCAAGCCAGGAACAUUAAGACAUGCUGUUAUCCAACAAGAGCCAUUAUGGAUCAUUUUCAAACAUGACAUGGUGAUUAAUCUUAAAAUGGAUCUUCUCGUAAACUCCUACAAAACAAUUGAUGGUAGAGGAGCAAAUGUGCACAUUGCUGAAGGACCGUGUAUUAGGAUACAACAAAAGACUAACAUCAUAAUUCAUGGUAUACAUAUUCAUCAUUGCGUACGAGGUGGGAGUGGCUAUGUGAGCGACUCGCCUAAUCAUCGUGUGAUGAAAACUCGGUCGGAUGGUGAUGGGAUUACGAUAUUUGGUUCGGAACAUGUUUGGGUGGAUCAUUGUUCUUUGUCAAAUUGUUUUGAUGGUUUGAUUGAUGUUGUUCAUGGAUCGACAGGUGUUACUAUUUCGAAUAAUUAUAUGACACACCAUAACAAAGUUAUGCUUUUUGGACAUAGUGAUUCUUAUGAAGAGGAUAAGAAUAUGCAAGCUACUAUUGCGUUUAAUCAUUUUGGUGAAGGGCUUGGAGGAAGAAUGCCAAGAUGCAGAUUCGGAUACUUUCAUGUGGUGAACAACGAUUACACGCAUUGGCAACAAUAUGCAAUAGGUGGAAGUUCGUCCCCGACUAUUUUUAGUCAAGGCAAUAGAUUUCUAGCUCCGGAUGAUGAUGAUCACAAAGAGAUUACAAAGCAUUUUGACUCGUCGGAUGGUGAAUGGAAGAACUGGAAUUGGAGGUCUGAAGGAGAUCUAAUGUUGAAUGGUGCUUACUUCACACCGUCGGGAGCAGGAGCAUCGUCUUCGACUUAUGCGAAAGCGUCGAGCAUGGCAGCACGACCACCUAUGCUUGUGGCUUCAAUGACAGCAGGAGCAGGAGUUCUUAGUUGCAAAAAGGGUUACCAAUGCUACUAGACUUGUUGGUUUCUUGAUGAAAUGAGGAAUAGCAAUAUCAAUUAGGACAAGUGAAAUCCAUUCCCAUAAAGGGUAAUGUAA